CGCACGAUCAGAUCAUCACAACAUUAUUAUUUUUUUAUGAAUUAAACUUAAUUACAUUUUUCUCCUUUUCCCGUUUAAUUAAAAUUAGUAAACAUUUUCUCGCGAAACACAAGUAAAAUUGACCUAAGGAUGAUUCCGUUUAGGAAGAAAAAGAAAAGCUUUCCUGUCAAAGUAUGCAGCUUAGAUUCACAAUUGGAGUUUAAUCUAGAGUACAACGCAACAGGUGGCGAACUAUUCGAUUUAGUAUGCAGAACAUUUGGAUUAAGAGAGGAAUGGUAUUUUGGGUUGCAGUAUGAAGAUACAAGAGGAAAUGUGUGCUGGUUAAAGAAGGAGAAGAAAGUUAUUGAUCAGAAUAUCAUUAAGGAAUCUUGUGUCUUUAUGUUCUAUGCUAAAUACUUCCCAGAAAAUGUACAAGAAGAAUUGAUACAAGAAAUUACACAGCAUCUCUUCUUCCUACAAAUUAAGCAAGCUAUUCUCUCAAUGGAAUAUUAUUGUCCACCUGAGGCAUCUGUUCUACUUGCUUCUUAUUAUGUACAGGCUAAGUACGGAGAUUACGAUGAAUUGAAUGGUGUCGAUUUAUUAAACGAAGAUUUACUUCCACAACGAGUUAUAGACCAAUACAGCAUGACUCCAGAAAUGUGGCUUCAAAGGAUUAAAACUUGGUAUGCUGAUCAUAAGCAAAUGUCAAGAGAUGAAGCUGAGAUGGAGUAUCUGAAGAUUGCACAGGACCUAGACAUGUUUGGUGUUAAUUAUUUUCCCAUAAAAAAUAAGAAAAACUCUGAAUUGUGGCUUGGAAUUACAGCUUUAGGCUUAAAUAUCUACGAAAAAGAGAAUAAGCUACAGCCACGAACCGUCUUCCAAUGGAGUGAAAUCAAAAACAUUAGUUUUGACGACAAAAAAUUCACAAUAAAACCCAUUGACAAAGCAGCACCCAAUUUUAUAUUCUACUCGACGAAACUUCGAAUGAAUAAAUUGAUUUUGGACUUAUGCAUAGGAAAUCAUGAACUAUUUAUGAGACGCAGGAAGCCAGACACAAUCGAGAUUCAGCAGAUGAAGGCACAAGCUAAGGAAGAGAAGCAAAGACGUCAAAUUGAACGGAAUAAACUUUCUAAGGAGAAACAAUUAAGGGAACAAGCAGAGCGCGAUAAAUCCUUGUUGGAAGCACGUCUGAUUGGCAUGCAGGAAGAAAUGAGAAACGCACAACUAGCACUGAGACGUUCUGAAGAAGCUGCUGAAUUGUUGGAACAGAAAAAUCGAUUAGCUGAAGAAGAAGCUCUAUUACUAAACAGGAAAGCAAUGGACGUUGAGCAGGAAAUAGCUCGUCUAAAGAAUUAUGCUCUCAAAACGGAAGAAGAAAAGAUACAUCUCGAAAGAAAGUCACGAGAAGCAGAAACAUUGACAGCACGAAUGGCUGAAGAGUCUCAAAAGAAGGCUACCGAAGCAGAAAGAUUGAAAAAUGAGCUUAUUAAUGCUCGAAUUGCUGAAAAGGAAGCGAAAGAGAAACUUUUAACUUUUUUAUCGCGUGCAACUCUCUCAUCACCGUCACCACAAUUAUCAAAUCUGUCCGUCCCAAUUCAUCAGUUAAUAACACACGAUGGUAUUUUGUCAAUAUCUUCACAAUCAUUAGAAGAUCCAGAACAAAUGUAUGAAGAUGCUUUAGAAUUAAAUUCAUACGAUUUAGCUGAAAACGAUAUUAGUGACAUAUCCCUAGAAAUAGAAAAGGAACGAAUUGAAUAUUUGGCAAAAUCCAAGCAAGUACAGAGUCAACUUAAAGGCUUACGAAGUGAAAUUGAACUACUGAAAAUAAGUGAAUCUGAAUUUGACAGAAUUAAUGCUGAACAGCUAAGACUUGGUGAAAAUAAGUAUUCAACAUUAAAGAAGGCCAUAAAGAGUUCAACGAGGCACAAAGUGGCAUUCUAUGAAGAGCUUUAAGUAUGCUGUAACAUCCGUAGUUAAUUAAAUAAGUAGCAAUAAUUAUUUGGUUUAAAAAACUUUCUUAACGUUCAAAGACAAAAUUAACUCGAUACUAUGAUGUCUGUACCUCGUAACUUGACAUGACUACACAAACAUUUUUUUUAGAUGCCUUAAUAACAAAACUUACUUCUCUGUUGACUAUUUUAUAUAAACUUUAAUAUACAUGUGCCUUUCAAGAAUUAAUUAACUCUAUUUAAUGAUCGUAAUAAAAUGAG